UCUUCCUGAAUUCUGUUUGUCUUUUUUAAUUUCGUGUCGGUUGUUGAUAAAUUGACUCCAGUUCUUAUUGUAUUUACGUGUUUUUUUACGUUUGUUCACGAAAUAAGAAAUGGCUGGUGUCUUUGAUUUAGAACUGAAUGAGGCCAACUCAAAGGAUGAUUAUUCUGAUGAGGAUUCCAUUGAUGUUGAUGAUCAGGAGAUAAGUGAACCGGACAUGAGUGCUAUCCUAGAAGAUGCUGACAUGGAAAAGGUUCAACUAAAUGAACAUACGGUUAAUGUUGGUAAAGAAAAAACUGGACCACAAGAUUUUGAACUAUUAAAAGUUCUUGGUCGUGGAGGUUAUGGUAAAGUUUUCCAGGUUCGUAAAAUUAAUGGUAAAGAGAGCGGGAAAAUAUUUGCCAUGAAAGUCCUUAAAAAGGCAACUUUAUGCCGAAGUCAAAAGGAUACUGCUCAUACCAAGGCUGAACGAAGUAUUCUUGAAUCAGUUAAACAUCCAUUUAUUGUUGACCUGAUUUACGCAUUUCAAACGGGCAAUAAGUUAUAUCUUAUCUUGGAAUAUCUUUCUGGCGGUGAACUUUUUAUGCACCUUGAAAGGGAAGGUAUUUUCUUGGAAGAUACCGCAUGUUUCUAUCUAUCUGAGAUAGUUCUUGCCUUGGAACAUCUUCAUCGAGGUGGUAUCAUUUAUCGAGACCUUAAACCUGAGAAUAUACUUUUAGAUGUUAAAGGACACAUUAAAUUGACUGAUUUUGGUCUUUGUAAAGAGACACUUAACAAUGACAAGAUUACUCAUACCUUUUGUGGAACCAUUGAAUAUAUGGCACCCGAAAUAUUAACUCGAACUGGACAUGCAAGAGGAGUCGAUUGGUGGUCUUUAGGUGCUCUUAUGUAUGAUAUGUUGGUUGGACAUCCACCAUUUACAGCUGAUUCAAGGCGUAAAACAAUUGAUAAAAUAUUGAAAGGCAAACUAAUUUUACCACCAUACCUUACACCCGAUGCUAAAGAUUUAAUUCGUAAAUUAUUACAACGAAAACCCCAAAUUAGGCUUUGCUCAAAUACUGAAGAUGCCGAGCCAAUUAGAAGGCAUCCAUUUUUUUCCAAUGUUAAUUGGGAAGAUGUUCUUGCCAAAAGAUGUGAACCACCAAUUAAACCAAUGUUAACAAGUGAAGAGGAUACAUCAUUAUUUGAUACAAGGUUUACUCGUCAACCACCAAUUGAUAGUCCAGAUGAAUCGUCAAUCAGUGAAAGUUUCAAUCGAUCCUUCCUUGGUUUUACCUAUGUUGCUCCCUCCCUAUUAGAUGACGCUCAUAAAAUGAAUCAGCAAACCUCUAGGUCACCACGUAGAAAUACAUUUUCAUCAUCGAUACCUGCAAAUUCUCAAAGUUGUGCACCCUUUUUAUGUGAAACAAUUGAGCAAAUGGACAUUACCAAUACACCUCCAUUAGCAACAAGUAUCAAUGAUCAACAACAACAAUCAUCUAAUAAUAAUGAGAAUAGUGAAUCAAUUGCACCUACAUUAAGGUCUCCAUCGUUACCAGUUAAACAAAUGAGAAAGAUCCAAAUUUGACCAAAAUAGAACUUAGAUUGGCAAUUUAGAAGAACAUAUAAAAAUACUUUACCUUUUUGUGACAAUAUUUAUUAUAUUAAUCAUAAAUAUAUGUAAUCAUUCAACCUACACCAAUCAACCAACACACACACAUACUAACAAAUCAAACUUUGCAAUCUCUUUCCAUAUGCUUCCCUAUGUGAUACGAGGAUUCAUGGUGAUGAGAUAGAUUGAAAUGUCUGAAGCAGAAAAAGACACAAAAAUGAUUCUGCUUCUUUCUCUCAUACAUUUUACCAAUUCAUCGAAAACACCAAACUAUCACUAAAUUUAAACACCUCAAAAAAAAUGGCGGAGCAAUCAAGCGAAGGAUAACAACAAGAAAACACACAUUAAAGUGCCUAAUUCUUAACAGUUAAUCAACUAAUUGAUGAAAUUGGCGAUGUAAUUAAAAUAUUAAUACAUAACAUAACCAUGGUACCUUACUAAGCCAUGAAAAAAACAAUUGCUUUAGCUUUUCUCACUUGGUCCAUCAACACAAACUGCAAUAUAAUAUAUAUUUACUAUCACUCACACAUUAAUUAACUACAUCGUAAUACUUUUCAUCUUACCAAAACUAUUUACCACUUUAAUUAUCAUUCUAUAUAUUUAAUUUACCAAUUUAACAAUCAUUUAAGAGGCAGAAAUCAAUCAUUUCAUCAGAAAAAUCAGAUCAAAUCAUGAUUAUCAAAAAUGUUACCUUUUUUUGUUGAUUAUCAUUUCUGAUUUUGUUCAUUUAAACAAAAAUUGUAAUCAUUGUUGAUAACUAAAAAGUGCUGAAACUGAAACAAAAUUUUCAAGGUUGAACAAUUUAACAAGCGUGAUUAUAAAAAAUUAACACAACCUUAUUAAAUUGGGUUAACAAGAGUUUUUUUUUGUUUUGAUUGUUAAUCUAAUACGUAGUAAUUUGUUUCUCUUUUCAUUUUUAUUCUAAUAAAUUUGAUAUUAUUUACCAA